AAGGUCUCGGUUGACAACUUUCUACUUAAGAUGAAUUAAUGAACUUGGCUCAUAAACAUCUGAAGCCACAGUGCUGUUAGUGUCUGAGACUUCAUCCAAUAGAUUUCAAAGAACAAUUGAUCUUUAGUCUCUCAUUCCUGAUUCAAUGGAAAGAUUCAAACUUUUAGAAAUAAUCUCAAUAAGAUCUCAAUCUUCUUCAGAACAAAAGACUUUAUUUUACCACAGCUGGAAAGAAAACAGGAAGUGUUUGUGGUCUUGAUGGUGCAGCUCUUAGCAGAAUCUGCAUCUUCAUCUCAGUCGCUGUGAGCUUCACCUUCAGUGUUUACACGACUCUGAUGCUUUUCUUAACGCUGUGGGCAGACGAGACGAGUUACUCAGAUCAGUGUUCAUGUUCCUGUUGUUCUGCACUGAAGUAUAAGCUUCAGGAUCAAACUGUGGACUAGAGAAGAUAUUCACCUGGAGAGAAGAACAAGCAGCAACCAGGCGACCGAAAGAACGAGAACUUAAACAAUGCUGCUCGUUGUCCACACUGAUGCUCUUUCCUGUGCAAAGAAGAAGCUCGUGGGUGGUGUUGGCUGCAGGUCACAGAAACUGAACUCCAAAGAUGCAGGCCCUCGUUUCACCUCUGAAGCAGUUCCUUGGUCAGGUCAAAGACAAUGUCAACGCCUUUGUUUUCAGCGCGCUGGUCUUCAGCUCCACUGCACUUGAGAACAAGUUUCCAUGCUCUUGUCAACCCCAAGCCGCUUUCUGCGCCGCCUACAUCACUUUGCCGUGUCUGGUCGUGUCCACCAUGAUGCUCUUGACGGACAUGCCCUUCCAGAGAGCGUAGAGGUUCACAACCAAGUACUACACGUGUCAUUUUAUCUGCGUCCUGUUGCGUCGCAUCACCAGGGCUCUGUGUGUCGGUCUGCUGUGGGCUGCAUGUGUCCUCAUCGACGGAGAGUGGUUUGUCUGCUGUCACAAUCCCAAUCCCAAAAGAGUGGCAGACCUGCAGUGCGAAGCCGGGACUGACAUAACGGAUUCAGGUGUAGUCAUGACCGUGAAAGAAAUGAGGAUGAAUUCAAAGCUCUAUGGUGUGAGUUUACUCCUUGCAGUCACCUUCGUGGCGGCCUUCCUGCUGACGGCCUGGAUGAUCUGUGCCGACACAUGCACAUUCAAAGGCUGCAACAAACAAAUCAUGGUUCACGAGAUGAUUCUGGAGGUCGGAGACAAAGUCAUGUAUUAGACGAGACAAGUUACUCAGAUCAGAGUUCAUGUUCCUGUUCUUCUGCUGUGGAGCAUCAGUCUGACAAACAGCAGCUGAGGAGAUUAUAAUCACUGCACUGAAGAAUAGGCCUCAGGAUCAAACUGUGGACUAGAGAAGAUAUUCACCUGGAGAGAAGAACAAGCAGCGACCAGGCGACUGAAAGAACGAGAACUUAAACAACGCUGCUCGUUGUCCACACUGAUGCUCUUUCCUGUGCAAAGAAGAAGCUCGUGGGUGGUGUUGGCUGCAGGUCACAGAAACUGAACUCCAAAGAUGCAGGCACUCGUUUCACCUCUGAAGCAGUUCCUUGGUCAGGUCAAAGACAAUGCCAACGCCUUUGUUUUCAGCGCGCUGGUCUUCAGCUCCACUGCACUUGAGAACAAGUUUCCAUGCUCUUGUCAACCCCAAGCCGCUUUCUGCGCCGCCUACAUCACUUUGCCGUGUCUGGUCGUGUCCACCAUGAUGCUCUUGACGGACAUGCCCUUCCAGAGAGCGUGGAGGUUCACAACCAAGUACUACACGUGUCAUUUUAUCUGCGUCCUGUUGCGUCGCAUCACCAGGGCUCUGUGUGUCGGUCUGCUGUGGGCUGCAUGUGUCCUCAUCGACGGAGAGUGGUUUGUCUGCUGUCACAAUCCCAAUCCCAAAAGAGUGGCAGACCUGCAGUGUGAAGCCGGGACUGACAUAACGGAUUCAGGUGUAGUCAUGACCGUGAAAGAAAUGAGGAUGAAUUCAAAGCUCUAUGGUGUGAGUUUACUCCUUGCAGUCACCUUCGUGGCGGCCUUCCUGCUGACGGCCUGGAUGAUCUGUGCCGACACCUGCACAUUCAAAGGCUGCGACAAACAAAUCAUGGUUCACGAGAUGAUUCUGGAGGUCGGAGACGAAGUCGUGUCAACGGCCAUGAAAGAAAAACAGAAGGAGCUGUUGACUAAACGAGUCGAGGACUACAUGGAUAAAGAGCAGUGGACGAGAUGCUUGGACAUUGUUGAAGACGCCAUUUUACGCCAGGGAUCAGGGGAGUUAAAGAAGAAGUCUAAAACAGAAGCAUCAAAGGACGUCGGCAUACAAAUGGAGUCGGUCACCGGCGACAACGACGGUGCUACAAGUUCAGAACCAUUGAUUCAUCACAGCAGACGUCCGUCACAACUGGACUCACCCAUCGAUGCGGAUUCAAACGCUGCUACAAAUACAGAUGAAAAUGAGGACGGAGGUGUCGUUUUGCUCCAAGUGAAGUCAAUAACUGAUUCAGUUUAGUCUCUGCAGCCAGAACAACAUCUGUUAGACUUCCUCCCCUGAGCCGGGUCAAGAGAAAUAUUUUUUGAAGCCUUGACACAUUUAAUCUGAUAUACAGUCACCGGCCACUUUAUUAGGUACACCUUGUUAGUAAAAUGCAGGAUGGAUCCAUGCUUUUAUGUUGUUUACUCCAAAUUCUGACCCUGCCAUCCAAAACUAAUAAUAACAGUAAUCAAACUGGCAUUUAAAGAGUUAAAAUCUUCAAAAUAAUUUCAUUUUUUCGCAGUGUUCUGUUGACCUAUUAGAUUUUUUUUACUAUUUUGUUGAAUUUCAUACUUUUUUAAGAGAGACUUUAUUGCAAAAAAAAAGUGACACAUGCACUAACAGCCAAAAUGACGCCUGAUGAAGAGGAAAAAAAUGACCAAAUAAACAGAAAUGUCCAUAAUGAUGCAUGAAUGUAAAAUAGUUUUAAUUAAUGAGUGAUAAAUAAUGAGUCUGAACAUCCUUUGUCUUCUUGUCUACCGUAAUGUGCCUGUGUGCAGCUAUGCUAUGUAGCCACUAGUGGGCAGUAGUGUAUGAUAAAUGAACCCAUGUUUACUGUUGUACUGCCAUGGAGUAAUGUGUUUAUUUGACUUGAAUAGUGAUAUGUGUAUUACUGCUUUCAUUCAUACAGAACCACUGUUAGACCAGAAUUAUGUCCAGAGGUUUAUUUGUGGUAGUGAAGAAUAUCUGUGUGAUCCUGACUGAUCUCUACUGUGGUGUGUGUUAAAUAAAUAAAAGUCUCUACCUGGAUGUAACUGAGCUCAUAGUCCAGCACCUCCUGGUGGAUCAUUAGUU